UGUAGAUGGAGCUGUCCGGCCCCGGCGAGGGGGAAGGCGCCCGGAGAACGUUCUUCCUCUCCCUGGCCGGCCCGAGCGGGGAAGCAGCGCUCCCAGGAUGCAGUUUGUGUCAACACGGCCGCAGCCUCAGCAGCUGGGCAUCCAGGGCCUGGGGCUGGACGGCGGCAGCUGGAGCUGGGCCCAGGCGCUGCCCCCGGACGAGGUCUGUCACCAGGAGCCGGCGCUGCGCGGGGAAAUGGCCGAGGGAAUGCCGCCCAUGCAGGCUCAAGAAUGGGACAUGGAUGCCCGGCGACCUAUGCCUUUUCAGUUCCCACCCUUCCCAGAUAGGGCUCCCGUCUUCCCUGACCGCAUGAUGCGGGAACCCCAGUUACCUACUGCCGAGAUCUCACUCUGGACCGUGGUGGCCGCCAUUCAGGCUGUGGAGAGGAAGGUGGACGCCCAGGCUAGCCAGCUCCUAAACCUGGAGGGACGCACGGGGACAGCAGAGAAGAAGCUGGCCGACUGCGAAAAGACGGCCGUGGAGUUCGGGAACCACAUGGAGAGCAAGUGGGCCGUGCUGGGGACCCUGCUGCAGGAGUACGGGCUGCUGCAGCGGCGCCUGGAGAACCUGGAGAACCUGCUGCGAAACAGGAACUUCUGGGUCCUGCGGCUGCCCCCAGGGACCAAGGGCGAGGCCCCCAAGGUCCCUGUGACUUUUGUGGACAUUGCUGUCUACUUCUCUGAAGACGAGUGGAAGAACUUGGAUGAGUGGCAGAAGGAGCUUUACAAUAACCUUGUUAAGGAAAACUACAAAACUCUGAUGUCCCUGGACACAGAGGGCCCAGUGCCCAAGCCAGAUGCUCCAGCCCAGGUGGAGCCCAGAGAAGAGCCUUGUGUGUGGGAGCAACGGCACCCUGAAGAGAGAGAAGUCCCAGUGGAUGCAGACACAGGAGCGGAACCCCUGGUACCUGCACAGGACGUGCCCUCCCAGGUCAAGAGGGAGGAAGCCCUGUGUGUGCGGAGCCAGCGGAACCUGGAAGAAAGAGCUAUCCCCACGGAAUCCAUCACCGAUUCCCCCAUCUCUGCCCAGGACCUCUUGUCUCGGAUUAAGCAGGAGGAACAGCAGUGCGUAUGGGACCAGCAGGAUUUGGCAGAGAGAGAUAUCCCCACGGACCCCAAUUCAGAAUCUCUGAUCUCAGCACAUGAUAUUUUGUCCUGGAUCAAGCAGGAGGAGCAGCCAUACCCAUGGGGCCCACGUGACUCAAUGGAAGGAGAACUCGGACUAGACUCUGGCCCUAGUGACAGCCUGUUGCUGGUGAAGAACGCAGCCCCCGCCCCUCCGCAGCCCCAUCAGCAGAGCCUGCCCCCGCUGCCGGUGCCCGAGCACCCUGGCGGCCCGGGCGGCGGCCGCGCGCUGCUGGACGACGGCGGCUUCCCCACGCUGCCGGGCGAGCGGGGCGUGGGCGAGGCCCCGGCGGCAGGUGGGGAGGGCAGCGCGGGGGGCAGCGGGGGCGGCCCCGGCGGCGGCGGCGGCGGGGGCGGCGGCCCGGGGGUGGGAGCCGGCUGCGGCAGCUGCUGCCCCAGCGGCCUGCGGAGGAGCCUGCUGGGGCACGGGGCGCGCAGCAAGCCCUACUCGUGCCCGGAGUGCGGCAAGAGCUUCGGCGUGCGCAAGAGCCUGAUCAUCCACCACCGCAGCCACACCAAGGAGCGGCCGUACGAGUGCGCCGAGUGCGAGAAGAGCUUCAACUGCCACUCGGGGCUCAUCCGCCACCAGAUGACGCACCGCGGCGAGCGGCCCUACAAGUGCUCCGAGUGCGAGAAGACCUACAGCCGCAAGGAGCACCUGCAGAACCACCAGCGGCUGCACACGGGCGAGCGCCCCUUCCAGUGCGCGCUCUGCGGCAAGAGCUUCAUCCGCAAGCAGAACCUGCUCAAGCACCAGCGCAUCCACACCGGCGAGCGCCCCUACGCCUGCGGCGAGUGCGGCAAGAGCUUCCGCUACAAGGAGUCGCUCAAGGACCACCUGCGGGUGCACGGCGGGGGCGCCCCCAGGCCUCUGCAGGCCCCGCCCGAGAGGGACUAGGGCUGGGC